UUGAGAUAUUGCUUACUUUUUAUCUCUAGUGUUUCCUCCAUGUUAUCCUUCACGCGUAACCCGGAAGAAGAUCUAUCUAUGGACAACUGAAUCAAGCAACCUCUGAAAUUUGAAUCCGUCCAUGCCUAUAGAUGUCUGCGAUUGCGAUCUUACCCUUUCUACUCCACGUUCUAAUGGCUGCUUCAGAAUCAGAACCUUUUCAAGACAGUAUUCUCCAGUGCCUCUCUCUCUAUUCUGACCCCUCUCUUCCAAAUCCAAUCUCUGCUGUCACCUAUUUCCCCAACAGCCCCUCAUACCCUCCCAUCUUAGACUCCUACAUCAGAAACCUCAGAUUCAGUUCCUCCACAACUCCAAAACCAUCCUUCAUAGUGGCACCAACCCACGUGUCCCACAUCCAGGCCUCCAUCAUCUGCUGCAAAAGCUUCAACCUUGAGAUCAGAAUCAGAAGUGGGGGCCACGACUACGAUGGCCUCUCCUACGUUUCAGAAGCCCCAUUUGUUAUUCUUGACAUGUUUAUGCUCAGAUCAGUCAAAGUCAACUUGGAUGAUGAUGAUGACACUGCGUGGGUUGACUCGGGGUCAACGAUUGGUGAACUCUAUCAUGCGAUCGCUGAGAGGAGCAAGAUCCAUGCUUUCCCAGCUGGGGUGUGUCACAGUGUUGGUGUUGGAGGACAUUUCAGUGGAGGAGGCUAUGGGAACAUGAUGAGAAUGUUUGGUCUCUCUGUGGAUCAUGUUUUGGAUGCAAUAAUUGUGGAUGCUCAAGGUAGAGUCUUGGAUAGGAAGUUAAUGGGGGAAGAUCUUUUCUGGGCUAUUAGAGGAGGUGGGGGAGCUAGCUUUGGAGUCGUUGUGUCGUGGAAAAUUAGGUUAGUUCCUGUUCCUGAGGUUGUCACUGUUUUCAGAGUUGAAAGAACAUUGGAACAAGGUGCCACUGAUGUUGUUCAUAAGUGGCAGUAUGUUGCUGAUAAGUUACAUGAUGGCUUGUUUAUUAGAGUGGUUCUUAGUUCUGUCAAAAGAAAGGGUGUGAAGACAAUAAGAGCCAAGUUCAAUGCCUUGUUCCUUGGAAAUUCACAAGAGUUGCUUGGUGUGAUGAAUAAGAGCUUCCCUGAACUUGGUUUGGUUGCUGAACAGUGCAUUGAAAUGAGUUGGAUCGAUUCGGUGUUGUUUUGGGACAACUAUCCAGUGGGGACUUCGGUUGAUGUUUUGCUUCAAAGGCAUAAUACACAGGAGAAAUACUUGAAGAAGAAAUCAGAUUAUGUGCAGCAACCAAUUUCCAAAACUGGCCUUGAAGGUAUAUGGAACAAGAUGAUGGAGCUAGAAAAACCUGCUCUUGCAUUGAAUCCCUAUGGUGGGAAAAUGGGUGAGAUUUCUGAGGUGGAAACACCGUUUCCACAUAGAGCUGGUAACAUUUAUAAAAUUCAGUACUCAGUGACUUGGAAAGAGGAGGGUGAAGAUGUUGCUAACAGAUAUCUAGAUCGGAUUCGGAGGCUCUAUGAUUAUAUGACACCUUAUGUGUCAAGUUCACCUAGAAGUUCAUAUAUCAACUAUAGAGACGUUGAUAUAGGUGUCAAUGGACCUGGAAAUGCUAGUUAUGCAGAGGCUAGAGUCUGGGGUGAGAAGUAUUUCAAAAGAAACUAUGAUAGACUGGUAGAGGUAAAGACCAAGGUUGAUCCAAGCAAUUUUUUCAGAUAUGAACAAAGUAUUCCAUCACUUGCAUCUGGUCUAAGCAUAAUGUCAGAAUAGAAGAUGCCUUCAAGAUGUAUAAAAUAAAAGGUUUGAUUCAGGACAAAAAGUUAUCUAGAAGCAACCAUGUCUUGGAAAACCAGUUCAGACUUACGUACAAGUGUGCCAUAAAAUUUGAUUGGUUAGAGAAUUAUUUGUUGUGCAAUUGUAUUUUCCCUUAUUAAGGGACUUUUUUUAACUUCAAUUCUAUACUAAGAUUGCUGCUAUAUUAAGAAAAAUGAUUGUUUAAUUUAAUUUAUUGAA